AUGAGGAAUCCCUGUCUGUCAUUUGAGGACGUGAGAGCGCACAAUAGCCGCGAAAGUUGUUGGGUUGUCAUUAAGAAUCAAGUUUGGAAUGUGACCGAUUUCCUCACUUCGCAUCCUGGAGGAGCAGAUACUAUUCUCAGGUAUGCAGGUCAAGAUGCGACUGAAAUCUACAACGAAAUCCACGCCCCAGGGAUGCUCGAGGAAACACUAGCCGAAAACCCGCGUGAAAGCACAUUAGAAGAAACAGCGGAUGCCAAAUCUAAACCUAAGCCCCCAAUAUCUACUCGACUUGAAUCUGUCGAUGCACUUGCGCAGAUACCUUUCGUUUACGAGAAACCAAAUCUCCGUUCGAUUAUUUCUGCCGCUGAUUUCCAAGAAGUCGCCCGCCAUACAUUGACCCCCAAGGCCUGGGCAUUUUAUUCCAGCGCUGCAACCGAUCUCGUAACACAUAAAAUGAACAAAGAGAUGAUAAGACGAAUCAUGUUCCGACCGCGUAUCCUCCGCGACGUCAAGACUGUUUCCAUCAAGCGUAACGUCUUAGGGUGCGAGUCGUCAGCACCAUUCUUCAUAUCACCCGCAGCUAUGGCGAGACUGGCACAUCCGGACGGUGAGCUUGCUUUGGCCAGAGGUGCCGCAAAUGAGGAAAUUGUGCAAUGCAUAAGUAGUAACGCGAGUUAUCCUCUCGCCUCCAUUGUCAAGGCCGGAAAAGAAGGGCAAAUAUUCUGGUUACAGCUAUACGUCAACUCUGAGCGAGUCAAAACUGAGGAGUUGUUGCGAAAAGCGGCAUCUCUUGGCAUUAAGGGCAUAUUUGUUACCGUUGAUGCUCCAGUCCCAGGUAAGCGCGAAGCAGAUGAGCGCAUCGCCGCUGAAAGUGUCGCGAGCGCUAUAUCCGGUGCGGUUGCAAGUAAUGACAAAAAGGGCGGUGGUAUGGGCCGGUUGAUGGCGGCCUAUGUAGAGAAGAGUCUAGUUUGGGAAGAUAUCGCGUGGAUUAAGAGAGUUUCCGGCUUGCCUGUAGUCCUCAAAGGGGUGCAGAGCGCUGCAGAUACGAUCAUGGCCGUGCAAUUUGGAGCAGAGGGUGUCUUCCUCAGCAAUCAUGGCGGUCGAUCGCUGGACGGAGCUCAACCGAGUAUUCUAAUAUUAUUGGAACUUCAUCGCAUCUGUCCAAAUGUGUUUGAUAAACUCCAUAUUUAUAUCGAUGGCGGGUUUGAACGCGGCUCAGAUAUCCUCAAGGCGAUUGCUCUAGGUGCCACCGCUGUCGGAGUGGGUCGCCCGUAUCUGUAUUCAUUGACGUAUGGUACGGAAGGUGUUGAACAUCUUACGCAAAUCCUCAAAGAUGAACUCGAGACAUCCAUGCGCUUAUGUGGUCUCACGGAUGUUAAUCAAGCACAUCCUGGCCUAGUGAAUACACGGGAUAUCGAUCACUUGGUUGCAUCACAUUUGGAUGAGCAUCCAUACAUUCGAUGGAAACCUAAAGCCGCACUGUAG